AUGUUUAAUGCAGAUCGCAGUAUAGAUUUGUUUGAAGCCAGUAUACAGAAAUGUCUGCUAUUCUCUGGUACUGUAAGAGUAUCUCUAUUGCUGUUUAGCUGAUAAAUUCUUUUUAGUAUUACAAUGUUUUUCCUCCCUUUUAAUAGCAAUGUAUAUUAUUUCAACAGGGGCUUGUAACUCAUGGCACACGAUAUGGAUUAAUAGAACCUCCAAAGCACUAUAAACCCCUUCACAGUACGAUCCGACUGUCAAAGGUCACCACGAUCGAUUUCUCGCCAUUCGAAGUGCCUGCAUUUCUGGUAAGACAUGGCAACUGAUUUAUGACGAUCCUAUGUAAGAUCCCUGUGACAUGUAUUUAAUGUGACGCAUGUUUGGACCACUCACUGGAGAACAAUUCUGGAUAUUCUCAUUUUAUGUUCCUAUAAACCCCCAUCAUUUAUUUAUUUAUGUAGUUCUUUAAAAGAGACAGAUAAAUAACAUAUUUAUUUAUAGUGUGCUGCAGAAGAAAGAAAUGUUAGACACAUUUAUACAGGGGAGGAGUAAAGGCGCAUGCUACACAAACCUUGCUAUAGCUCUAUCAAAGCUACAUAAAUCUCUGUAAGGUAAAAAAUAAUUGCAUCACAUAGAAUGCCCAAUUUUAAAAUAGUACCCAGUUAUGGCCGCUCAUAAUGUAAUCUUGUUAUUUCCAGAGAAGUGACCGUUCAUAUUUAAAAGCACUUUCCUUUGACCAAUAUAAAAGCAAUCAACAAUGCAUUCUCCCAUAAUUGCCAUAAUAUGCUACAGCAGUGGGUCUUAAACUUUUUUGUCAGGGACCCAAAUUACAUGCACUGUACUAAUUUAGUAACCCAUUAAUCAAUAGGAAAAUUAGCUCAGUCACCCAUUCUUCAUUGAUUAUGUAAUAUAUCAUUUAAUGAGAAAAGUACUUUCGUAAGACUCUUCCACAGUACAAUAGAGAACUUCUUACACUGAGAAGACAGUGCUGCUACAAUAACCAGUUUAUUGUGGGCAGUUACCUGGUGGCAUGAUGAAUAUGAUGUGCUCUUUCCAUCCUUUGGGGAAACCUUAAAUAGCAUGGGGACUUAAUUUUUAGUUCUGAUUCAAGGGUUAAGAACCACUAUGUCAUUGUAAAUGUAUGUCUUAUUAUAUACCUACAAUCAAGAGCCCACAGUCUUUUCAGUCUGAGCUGGUGUGGCAAAGUGUACUGUAGUGGUUAUGGUGCUUAGUGUAUCCCUCUAAGAGGAGCCAUAACAUUUUGUGUUGAUGUUUUACAGUGCAUUUAUCCUAGUUGACUUUAUUGAUGAAUAUGCUUUUGUUAAAUAGCAUUGAGUGUAUACAAACUCAACUUACAUCUGCCAACUAAACCAUGAAGUUUCAUUUUUAUAUUCUUCUGAGGUCAAUAUAAUGAGACAUGUCAAGUUGGAAUAUAUUUAUCUAUGUAUCUGUGCUUUGGGCCCCCUUGCUAUAUAAAAAUACAUUUAAAAAAAAUAUAUACAUAUAUAUUUUUUUUUUUUUCAUGAUUCCGUCUGUUGUGUCAAAUUAGCUGUCUGUAAAUGUAUAGUGUAGAUACAUUAUGUAUAAUAAAUAACAAAGAGCAGUAACUAUUGCUUGGGUUAUGUAUAUUUUCUGCGUUCUAUUAUACACAUAUAAGAAAUGUAACGAAGAUAUUUUUUUGGCUAUGCUUUUUUAAGGCUGGAUGUUCAGACGGGUGCAUACGAUUACAUACGACGAGCGUGCAGUUUCCAGUUAUGCAGUGGAAUGAGAGCACCAAUGGACAGUCGGUUACAGCUCUACGUUGGUCACUGACACGACCAAAUGUUUUCUUUGUUUUGGAUGCUACAGGCUGCAUUUACAUUUGGGAUUUGUUACAGAAUGAUUUGCAACCAAUAGCCAAAGAAUCCACGUUGUCUGAUCAGUAAGUAUAGAGAUGAUUAUUGUCUGAAUAUUCUCAAAAUUCUUUGUCAUCGGUUGCCUGUAUAUGUCAUGAAAAGGCAACCACUAAACCAAAAAUUGUAUUUUAAAUGGAUUACUGACAAAAUCAUUAUAACCAGGGCUUUGUAAACCAGUGUUUAUUUUUAUCUUUACACGGCUUAAUUGAUCAACUGAUGUCACAGCUACUUUAAGAGCAGCCUGGUAGUAACCUUUAAACCUUUCUAAUUGCAGAGUUUGAUCAGGGGCCAAUAGAAUUCUGCCAGAUAGCAUGAUUUCCCUCUGUACACAUUACAUGUGUGUUUGUGCCUCUUUCUUGCUGUCUGUGGGUUACAGAUAGGAAAAACUUUCUGUACUUCUCUCUGGAAUGGAAUGAAGAGACACUCAAUUUGACAGCUGUGAAUGUGUCUUGUAAAUGGCAGUCUCCCACAUCUGUAAAAAGAAUCUCAGUACAAUCCAUUAAUACUUUGGUUUUAUAGAUUUAUUGUCUAAAAAUGACUUGCAUGAUAGCUCCCUGUCAACCCAUUGUUAUAAACUUUGCACCUCGCAGUCAGCUUUUAGAAAGCAAACAGUAGAACAAAUUGCAUCUCGUGGGACAAAAAACAGGUUUUCACAAAUUGUAGGUGAUUUUCAAUGUUUUUGUUAAUGGUAAAAAUUGAAGACGUUAAAUUUUGGAAGGUCUUCCCAUCCUGCAUCGUCACCCACAGUGUGGCCAUGCCGAAUACUGCUCAUACUUCUCUUUGAGAAGCACUGGAUUCAGGCCUUCUCUAUGAAAAGCACCAGAUUGUUGCUAUUGCAAGCAUGCACCAUGGGUCUGCAAUACUCACUGUGCUUGCAUCGGGCUGCAGAGAACAGACUGUUUUGGUGCUGCAUAAUUGUUGUUUUUAUUUUAAUUUUUUUCAGGGGGUGGGCAGUAAUCUUCACUUAAAAACAAGUCUGCUAUUGUUAAAAUUAAAAAUAUUUAUUUGUAGCAUAAGAAUGUUCCUUUAAACAUUGCACAAAUUAAGUGUGUAUUCAGAUUGUGGAAAAGCAGAUCUUAUAAUGUAUUUUUUUUUUUGUUUUCCUUCCCAAUCCUGCAGAGUUCUAAGCAUGGCCAUUUUUGGUGAACCAGAAAAGGAUAAUGGUCUGAUGGGUCUAGCACUGGCAAGAUCCUCUGGGAAAGUGGAAAUCCAGUAUAUCAAGAAGAAAUGGGCAAAACCCCAGCCUAAGGAUAAGGACCGAUUCUCUCUGUUGUUACUUUAG